AUGAGAGACUCUUUCACCGCACAUGUUUUUGCCCACGCAGAAAAGCGUCCGUACACGUGUGAGGUGUGUAACCGCUCCUUCAAGCGGCUGGACCAGGUCACGGCUCAUAAGAUCAUCCACAGUGAAGACAAACCGUACAAAUGUAAACUGUGUGGGAAGGAGUUCGCUCAUCGAAACGUCUACAAGAAUCACAAGAAGACCCACUCAGAAGAGCGGCCCUUUCAGUGUGAAGAGUGCAAAGCUUUAUUCAGGACCCCGUUUUCACUGCAGCGUCACCUACUCAUCCACAAUAGUGAGCGGACAUUCAAGUGCGACCAGUGCGAUGCCACGUUCAAGAGGAAGGACACGCUCAAUGUUCAUAUCCAGGUGGUACACGACGGACACAAGAAAUACAAGUGCGACCUGUGCGAGAAGGCCUUUGUCACGCCAUCCGUGCUCAAGAGCCACAAGAAGACUCACACAGGGGAGAAGGAGAAGAUCUGCCCUUACUGUGGACAGAAGUUUGCCAGCAACGGCACGCUGAGGGUCCACAUCCGCAGCCACACAGGAGAACGGCCGUAUCAGUGCCCAUACUGCGAUAAGGCGUUUAGCAAGAACGACGGGCUGAAGAUGCACAUCAGAACACACACUCGGGAGAAACCAUACAAAUGCACCGAAUGCAACAAAGCCUUCAGUCAAAAGCGAGGCCUGGACGAGCACAUGAGGACACACACCGGAGAGAAGCCUUUCCAAUGUGAUGUGUGCGACUUGUCCUUUAGUUUGAAGAAGAUGCUGAGUCGACACAAACUCACUCACAACCCGAACCGCCCGAUGGCCGAGUGUCAGCUGUGCCACAAGAAGUUCACCAGAAACGACUACCUCAAAGUGCACAUGGAGAACGUCCACGGGGAGACGGAGAGCUAG